AUGGGGGCUUCUCCGCAAACCCCGAACCACGGACAAGACCGCCACGAGGACCCAGGAAAUGUUCAUAUUGCAUCCCAUGACGCUUUUGACUUGAUCGGUCAUUAUGCAGACUUGACCGGUGCUGAAAGUGAUACCGAUGUUGAGAGUGACGACACCGCUACUUUCGAAAGCGGCUCCCAGCAGAGGAGGUUGGAGUCCGCGCCGCUGGCAACCAGUCACCGAAGAUAUUCCUCCAACGAAGAUGAUGAUAACGACCACGACGGCGUGCUUACACCGUCCGAUGAGGACGAGGAGAAACCGGUGACUUGGAGUUCGCUACCGAAGAAGGGCCAGUUGGCGAUCUUGACCUUGGCGCGACUGUCAGAGCCGUUGACACAGACCUCUCUACAAGCAUACCUGUUCUAUCAGCUCAAAUCUUUUGAUCCGUCUUUGCCAGACUCGAAGAUCUCCGCGCAGGCAGGUAUUCUCCAGGGUAGCUUUACAGCCGCGCAAUUUAUCACCGCUGUCUGGUGGGGCCGUCUGGCUGAUGCUGAAUGGAUGGGACGGAAGAGAGUGCUGUUGAUCGGAUUGAUGGGCACCUGUUUGUCUUGUGUAGGCUUUGGCUUCUCUCGAUCUUUUACAACGGCCGUGGUUUUUCGAACACUGGGCGGGGUAUUGAACAGCAAUGUGGGAGUGAUGCGGACGCUGAUUGCAGAGAUCAUAGCCGAGAAGAAAGACGACGAGUCUGUUUACACGGACGGCAGCGUCGGUAACUGGUCUACACCAUCAAGCCCAGCCCGCUCUCGCGUGCAUCCUCGGCCGUUUAAAAAAGUAGGGUUCCUCCAGAUCUGGACAAGCAAUGUUAUUUUAACUUUGACGGCUCAAUUCCUGCUCGCCUUCCACACAAGCGCCUUCAACUCCAUGACAUUUGUGUUUUUGCCCGCACCCCGUGCCCCAGAGAACUCCCGACAAGGUCUUUUCCAUUUCGGUGGUGGACUAGGCCUUCCCUCAUCCCGGGUUGGGCUUGCUACUGCUAUCGUUGGUUUAAUUGGCCUGCCACUACAGAUCUUCUUCUAUCCACGGAUACAGACAAAGCUCGGCACGCUCACGUCAUUCCGAACGUUCCUUCCCUUUUCACCCUUUGCUUACGUGCUGAUGCCCUUCCUUGUGGUUCUUCCACGCAUACCAUGGAUUGUUUGGCCUUCUUUCACGUUUGUCGUUGGCUUACAGGUCAUCUCGCGAACAUUCAUCCUGCCUGCUUCUGUCAUCCUGGUGAACAAUUGUGUCACGGAUCCAUCUAUGCUAGGUACAGUCCAUGGAGUGGCGCAGAGCGUAUCCAGUGCAGCUCGGACCCUGGGGCCAUUUCUAGGUGGCUGGGGUCUGGGACUAGGCCUGGAGAAUAAUAUGAUUGGGGCUGUUUGGUGGGCCCUGGCCGUCGAGUCUUUGCUUGGUUGGGCUAUGCUGUGGAGAAUCUACGAGGGCAAAGGAAUUGAAGACAAGAAAGAUGAGGUAGAGGAAGAUGAGGAGUGA